ACCAUUUCCACAUGAACCGACUAAAUCUCAUAAAUAAAUAAACCCCUAAUUUUUCCUUCUCCCUCGCUCGAGAUUGUAUACCGAAAUCCCUCAGUUUUCCACCAAAAUUUCUACAGGCCAUGUCUGACGAACCGGAGCAACGCAACUGGCUGGAGCUGCCGCGGGAUGUGACGGCGUCGAUUUUCUCUCGCCUUGGGGCCAUAGACAUACUGAAGAGCGUGCAAAACGUCUGUUCCCUGUGGCGUAACAUCUGCAAGGACCCCUCCAUGUGGCGAUCCAUCGACAUGCGCAAUCCGGGUUACUUAUAUGACAUGGAUCAUGUUCUCGAGCAAAUGUGUAUGCACGCUGUCGAUCGCAGCAACGGCGAUUUGGUUGAUAUCAAUAUCGAGUACUUUGGUAGCGAUGAGCUUCUAGUUUACAUAGCUGAUAGAUCAAGUGGUCUCAGACGCCUUCGAAUUGCGUGUUGCUCUUGCAUUUCAGAUGAGGGGUUGAGAGAAGCAGCUUCGAAACUUACAUUGCUGGAAGAACUAGAAAUUACAUACUGCUGCCCUUAUAUUUCAGCGGAUGCUUUGGAAGUUGUUGGUCGUUGUUGCCCUCAUUUGAAAUCAUUCAAAUUCAACAAGAAGGUAUACAUGCGACCACACAUUGAGAGUGAUGAGGAUGCUCAAGUUAUUGCACAAAAUAUGCACGAAUUACGCCACCUUCAGCUUUUGGGGAAUAAGUUGACAAAUUGUGGCUUGCAAGCCAUUCUUGAUGGUUGUCCUCACCUUCAAUCUCUUGACCUGCGCCAGUGUUUCAAUGUUAUUCUGCGGGGGGAUUUGGAGAAAAGAUGUACUGAACGGAUCAAGCAUUUGUGGCGACCCCAGGAUUCCACUGAGGGUUUCGAAUAUGAUACCACAUCGUAUGAUUUUGGUUCACCUUAUGAAGACUACCCAUCUGGACCUUCUGACAUUAGUUUAAUGUCAGAUGAUGAUUAUGAUUAUGAACUUGAGUUCUCAGAUGACUAUCCCUAUGAUUAUGAUGACUUCUUCGAGGAAUACUAUUUUGAUCAAAUUUGAAGUUGAAGCAGAAACUUGUAUGAAUGAGGGAAUGAGGUUGUAUAUCUGUUCCCCUGUUAUGUUUCUUACAUCCAUUUAUUUAUCUUUUUUUGUCUUCUCUCGUAGCAUGCAUUUCCUCCUUUUUCAUUACUAAUUCCUCUCAUUUUGGUUUACCAGGUACGAAUAAGAUCUUCACGCCCAUAUUGUCUGCCACUGUUUGGGGAUGACUAUGAGCCGAUAGCUGAUUAUCAACCUGCAUUUCCGAAGGAGGUAGAUCUCAUAUGAUGCUACUGCAAUGCAGGCUAAUCAAGCUGCACUUUUGUUUGUCAAACUUAUAUAAGAUAUGUAUCUGUUUUCAUUUUGAAGGCUGUAUAUCUUCGGUAGUUUGAGCGACUUCCUGUGUUACUUUUCCAUCCCUGUGUUAAUGCCAAGUAACCUUUGGAUUUUGAUGGGCACAGCUGGGCUUGCUCUUUUGGGCUUAAUACCACCUCUUUCUUUUUGGUAUGAUCUACUCUUUUGGGCAUAUUGGCUGUGCAUCUAAUAGCUAUAGAAAUAGACUUUGCAGUAAGCC